AGCUCAGUUAAUAAGAGCUAAAUCUCAAACCUCGGCCUUGUCGUAUUGACCUCGCUAUAACGCGCUCGGUCAUUACGCCAUAGUCUCGGUCUGAGAUUUUUCCGUAAAGACCUCACGGUCACAUCGGGCCAUGAAAAUUUGGCCGUAUUGGUUUCAACUCACCAUCAGGGUAGUACGUGGUGUAAGCUCUCAGUGACACGUGAUGGGCCCUGUGUACGCGGGAGAUGAUGCAUGCUGGGAAUUCGUGGUAAGCGCGCGUUUUUCGCGCCAUAUUCAUUCAGUGUGCUGGACUGUCGCCGAACAAUGGCCUAUGCUCUUACUGAGAUGCCUGUACAGAUAGUACAACUACUGACAGAACCAGACCUUCUACCAAAAUUUCAAUAUCUGUUUGAGAAAGAACAUGGGCCAGUACCCUUUGAGGACUCUGAGACAAGUUCUGAUGUAGAACCUCAAGUGGACAGUGAAGAUGAAAAGAGUCUUGACAUGGUUUUUUGUGAGGAUGCUGAGGCAAAUUCUGAUAUCAAACAUGAAGCAAACAGCGAAGAGGAAGACAUAACAAAUGUUGACAUUGUCCCUUGUGAGGAUCAAAAAACAACGUGUGAUGCCAAAGGUCAAGUGAAUACUGAAGUGGAAGUACUUAGAGACACACUCUCUUGUGAGGACUCUUAUGCAAGUUUUGAUGUCAGGGCUGAAGUCAACAGUGAAGAGGAAGGAGUUAUUGACAUUGUCUCUUGUGAGGAAGAAGAAGUUGAUGUUGUCUCAUGUGAGGGGUCUAACACAACUUCUGAUGUCAAAGCUGAAGUCAACAAUGAAGAAGAAGGAGUUAUUGACAUUGCCUCUUAUGAGGAGGGAAAAGUUGUUGAUGCUUUCCCUUGUGAGGGCUUUGAAGAACCGAUUGUACCCUCUGAUGCUGCUGCUGCUGGUAUACCCAGAUGUGAACCAAGAAUUCAGGAAUUUUCAAUUCCUUUGGAGAAACUAAGAUUUACUACAAAUUGCAUCAACAAGAGAAUAGAACUGGAAGAGGAUGAGUAUAUUUUUUGCAGUCAGUGUGACAAACUGCGCAUUGGUAAUUGUUCCGUUCAUGGUAGUUUGAAGUGGGUUAAGGAACCCACAGAUGUGUUCGUAAAAGAAGGACUGACGAAAGCAAGGUCCACUAUUCCAAGUAACAUGGAUUUGAAGACUUCAAGUAUACCGGAUGCCGGAUUGGGAAUCUUUGCCAAAGAGAGAUUUGAAAGUGAUGUAGUCUUUGGCCCUUACUGGGGCCAAAAGAUAGGCGUGACAGAUGUAACUCCAAGCAUGGAUCAGAGCUACAUGUGGGAUAUAAUUGAAAAUGGACGUGUCACGCAUGUUGUUGAUGCUCGGGAUGAGGAAAACAGUAAUUGGCUACGUUUUGUGAACUGUGCCCGUAAUGAUGAUGAGCAGAAUCUUGUAGCCUUCCAGUUCCGAGGUGAAAUUUACUAUCGCGCCUACAAGACAAUUGAGCCCGGCAUGGAGCUCCUGGUGUGGUACGGAGACAGAUACGCUUGCGAUUUGGAUAUAUUAAAUAAAGAUGAAUCUGACAAAAUUGCAGAUGGACCGAUACAGUGUCAAAAGUGCUUCAUGGUCUGUUCAGGACCAUCUUCCCUGGCCACUCACAACAAGUUCCGCUGUCAAAUAAACAACGAGCACCACCUCUGGCGGUGCAUCCACUGCGACAGAAGCUUUAAAACACCUCAAAGUCUACAAAGACACAAGAACAUCCAUAAAGGCCUCAAGCCUUAUGCAUGUCGGAUUUGUGGCAAAGUCUUCUCCCAUCCAUCGUCGAGAAAUAGGCACCAUAGCCUGCACUUCAAUAUGAUUUGCAGUUGCAAGAUGUGUGGCAUGGUGUUUAGCAAUUCAAUUAGUCUUGGACACCAUGAAAAGACAGUUCACGCAUACAGACGUCUUUCCAAUGGCAAGUUUGAAUGUACUGAAUGUGACAAAGCGUUUGCUGACUGGAAAUGUCUGAGGCGGCACAAGAAACGGUUGCUACACAGGAAUGCUGAUGCAUGUACGUGCAAAACAUGCGGUAAGCUCUUUCGAAAGAAAGAGAAUUUACUUAGGCAUGAAGCUUUGCAUAAGCCUUCCUUCCUUGCAGAACCCUACAAGUGUCAGCAUUGCGGUCUUUGUUUCACGUCUGGAAUUGGUUUAUCUAAUCACAAGAGAAUUCAUGUUAACAAAAACGUGAGCGAAGGCAAGUCUGACAAAGGAGGGAUUUCUCAGAAGACAACUUCAAACUCUGUGCAGAAUUUUCCCACAAAAGGUUUAUUGGUAGUAAGAGGUAAAAAGUACUCGACCUGCCAUGUUUGCCAGAUUUGUAAGGCUCCCUUUGCUUAUUCUUUCAACUUAGCAAGGCACAUUCGAGAAAAGCACCCACGGGUUAAGAUUAUCAAGUGUAGAAAGUGCGCAAAGGUGUGUGUUUCUAAACGUGAGUUAGCUGUACACAUUGCCAUGAAACAUGAAACAAGAAAAUAUGACUCCAAACAAUCCUCACUUGAAUCUGUUAAAUGCAGUCAGUGUAACUUUACGUUUCCAGAAUGUCAGCUACUCAAUCACGCAUGCGUUUACCAAAAGGCAAAGGUGAACGAAGGUACAACGACGCAGGACUCCGAGUCCAAGAGAACUGUGCAAGCAUCAGAUGGAAAACACAACAUAUCUCAGAGACCUUCGCAAGAUCAAACAGUAUACAGCAGCGUGGAGUUUAGAUGUGAAUUCUGUACCAAAGGUUUUCCUUCUUUGUCCUUGAUGCAUUGCCACAGGGCUGCCCACUUUAGGAAGAAAAAUCCAACCCUGCCGGUUUCGCUUGGUGUGACAUCCAAAGUGUCAAAUAAGGAAAGUCCAUACAUUUACCGAAAGGUAUCGAUGAACGAAGGUGCCACCGCGCAGGAAUCCGAGUCCGCGAGAACUAUGCAAGCAUUAGACGGCAAAUACAACAUUUCCCAGAGUUCUUCUCAAGAUCAUACAGCAUACAGUAGUGAGAAGUUUAGAUGCGAAUUCUGUGCUAAAGUUUUUUCUUCUUUGUCCUUGAUGUAUUGCCACAGAGCUGCCCACUUUAGGAAGAAAAAUCGAGCACUACUGAAUCCGUUUGGUGUCUCAUCCAUAACGCCAAAUAAGGAAACUCCACGCCUGGACACGGCUCAACCCAGGAAUGGACAGUUCACAUGUGGAGUUUGCUGUAAAGAGUUCCCUUCUUUGCGGUUGAUGCACUGCCACAAAGGUUGCCAUUUUCGGAAAAAGAAACGAGUUCGAGAAAUGUCCUGUGAUCGUUGUGACAAACCAUUCAAUUCGAAAGAAUCACUGCGCCAGCAUAAAUGCCACCGUGCUGAAAAUGCCCUAAGUGUCUCUUGGUCUUCUGUGAAACGGGUCGAAAGUUCAGCUGUCCAUUGUAAGGUCUACAACGAAUCUUUCCAUAAGGAAACAUCUUUACGCUCUCACAUGACUCACCACAGUCGAAACACUUCUCAUUCUAAUCAUUCGUCACCGCCAAAUCCAUCACCCAAAUCUUCAAAAUUUCUAUCAGAAGAUAAACGCUUCAAAUGCGAUGUUUGUGCAAGAGAAUUCACCUCAAAAGAUUCAUUGAGAUCGCAUAAAAGUCAUCACUCUCGGUUUGGUAAGAUGCAGGUUACUUUACCCAAACAAGUCGUUGAUGCAAAUACACAGGAACCUCGUGUUUGUAAAGUUUGCUGCGAGUCAUUCCAGUCCAGACGUUCCUUGUCUCAACACAAGCGUUCGCAUGCUGGAAUAAAAACCGCUUUUGCGUGCCCUUUCUGUCGUAAAGGGUUUUCGUUUAAGCAAAAUUUAUUGCGACACAAACGAAAUCAGCACGAUCGGCCAUACAAAUGUCAACGCUGUGGUGAAGGAUUCCGAACUGUUCAGGGACGACUAAGACACUUUUUGAAACACGACUCUGUAAAGCAGGACCAGAAGUGCCCUUCAUCGACCGAGACUGAUCCAGUGAAAUGUGAAGCGUUAAGGGUUCCACAGAUUUGUUGUCUGCAUUGUGAUAAGCGAUUCAUGACGUGCAAGGGUCGCUACAAACACAUGCGAAAGUACCAUAGUGAGGAGAGCAAAGUUGGACUUUGGAAAUGCCCGUACUGUAGUGAAGUAUUCCAGAAUGGCAGUGCUAUGAAAAAGCAUGUCAAGAAUAAACACGCCAAGAGGAAGAGGUCUGAAGAUCAACAAGGGUGCAAGAAAGAAGACAAAGAUGGCAUCGAGACGACCAACAGCAAAGUGGCCGAGAGAACACACACGUGUUCAGAAGCAGAUACGAUUGCCCCUUGGAAAUGCGAGUUCUGUAGUAAGGUAUUUCAGAGCGUCAGUGGCAUGAAAAAACAUGUCAAGAAAAACCACUCCAAGAGGAGGAAGUCUGAAGCUUCUCGCCAAGGGUGUAAGCCACAGGAGAAAGAUGGCAUCGAGACCACUAACAGCAAAGUAACCGGGAGAACGCAGUCGUGGUCAGAAUGGCUAAAUAUUGCUCCUUGGAAAUGCCGGUUCUGCAGUAAGGUAUUCCCUAGUGUCAGUGGUGUGGAAAAACAUGUCAAGAAAAAACACCUCAAGAGAAGGAAGUCUGAAGUAUCUCAUCAAGGGUGUAAGCCAGAGGAGAAAGAUGACAUCGAGAUCAACAACAGCAAAGCGACCGAGAGAACGCAGUCGUGGUCAGAAUGGGUAAAACUUGCUCCUUGGAAAUGCCAGUUCUGCAGUAAGGUAUGCCAGAGUGUCAGUUGUAUGCAAAAACAUGUCAAGAAAAGACACUCCAGUCGGAUAAAGUCUGAAGCAUCUCACAAAGUGUGCAAGCCAGAGGAGAAAGAUGGCAUCGAGAUCGACAACAGCAACGUAACCGAGAGAACGCAGUCGUGGUCAGUACCGGCAAAAAUUGCUCCUUGGAAAUGCCAGUUCUGCAGUAAGGUCUUCCAGAGUGUAAGUGGUAUGAAAAAACACGUCACGAAAAAGCACUCCAGGAAGAAGAGGUAUCAAUCUCCUGAGCAAGACUGCAAGCAGGAAGGAAAAGAUGGCACUGAGGUCACCAACAGUGGAACGACCCUGGGAGCACUGGAAGUGUGCCGUCGUUGCAAAGCUCGAUUCUUUGCAUUCGGAAGUGGCAACAAAUGUGUCUAUUGUAUUCAUUGUAAUAAAGAAUUGUCUCUCGAAGGAAAUGACAACGGGUCUGGGUGUGAAGACGAGUUUGUCAGUAGUGUUAUUCAGGACGAGAUGCAUUGCCUUCGUCAGAAGAAAAAUGGUCAAUUAUUGGCCUCAGCAAGGGCGUUCAAGUGCCAAUACUGCCAAAAAGGCGUUUCUAAAAUUAAUAGCCUUUACAAGCACAUCAUGAUUGCACACGGAAAGGAAUUUGGAUCGAAUUAUCAUGGUUCAUGCACACGCUUUGUUAAUCAGUCUGAAAGGAAGAACAGCUCUAUUCCCCAAGCUUGUGCAGCAAAUGUAAGCGUAAAGGCUUUCCAGAAUUGUGAAGAUCACAGCGUAGCCAGGAAUCUUAAUGCUCAGCCAAGAGGGGUGAAAUUCAAGACGGUUAGAAUGAAAGCGGGUACACGAGGGACAAAACACACCGUCCAAUGUAAUCGGUUUAGAUGCUGGUACUCUAGAAGAGAGUUCCUUAGUAGAGGUUGCCGUGGCAGACAUGAGAUAAAAUCGCAUGGAAAUCAAGUUGCACCUUCGUCUUUGCGGCCCAAACUUGAUGUGGAUAAGACUUUCAUCAGCAAAACUUUGCACGAGAGGCCACUAUGGAGUAAAGAUGAAAAUAACCGCGAGGGUAAAUCAAGAGCUUGUAUAGAUGGACCGCACGCAAAAAAGUGCUAUCCAAGGAACAAGGCAUUUCCGUGCGAAUAUUGCCCUAAGCAAUUCCUCCAAGUUACUAGUCGUUACAGACACGUUAUGCUUGCACACACUGGAGUUACCAACGCCUUUUCCAAGGUCUGCCAGUUGAAACCACAAGUUCCCACUGACAAGACUAGUGCAGCAAUGCCGUUGUUUUGCAGUGAUCGAAGCAUUGCAUCUUCAUCAACUCCUAUAAAAAGAAAGAAAGACGUAUCAAACUUAGAUUGUCAACCUGAAAACAAGAAAUUCAGAAGGCACGAUGUCAACUUCGGAUCUGGCGACCCUGCGGGAAUGUGGUCCUUCAAUAGGCAAACUGUAACUAGCAGUAAACCAUUUCCGUGCGAAUUUUGUGACAAGAGAUUCUCUACGUUCAGUCUCCAAUACAAGCACUUUUUCCUUGUUCAUUCUGGGUCUCAAGCCUUAGCCGAUCAAGGGGUCACGGAUUCGAAGGCAUUGCCGACUAUGAAGGUUUCCGAGUUGUCAGACUCGUUCAAUGCUGUAUGCAACGAAAGUGCGUCCAGUUACUCUCAUGGAGACCCAACAAGGCGACAUAUUUCCCCUUCACAAAGAAACAUCCUUCGAGAUGGUAGUUCCGAUGCUGGAAACUGCCUUAAGACUAGACCUUCCGUGGCUGUAACGACCAGUGAACCAUACAAAUGUGAGAUUUGUUGUACAACUCUCCGCACAAAAAGCGAAUGGAGUAAACACGUUGACAAAAUUCAUCAUGGGUACACUGGCGAAUCCUCGUGCAAUAUCAAGAGAUUGCCCAGACAGCCGUUGAGAACCAUUUUGUGGUCUUUACAGAGCAAGAGCAAUCUCAAAUCUUUGCGAAAACGACACGUAUCUUGUCCCGAGGUAACAUGCGACAAACAAGAUGAAGUGUCAUCAAUACGUCCAGGAAAAUUUGUCAAGCCCAAGUCCAAGAAGAGAUUCAAGUGCGAGAUCUGUCACUCCUUGUUUACCCAGAAAAGAUCCGUUCUUCGUCACAUGAACAGCCGACAUAAUGAUGAAAAACCCUUCCAGUGUGCCAUUUGUGGAUAUGCCGCCAAGAGGAAAGACCACCUUUCCGCACACGAGCGUUCACAUUUUAGUUAGGGUAAAAAUUGUGGCGAAUAAUUGUACUCGGUGUUCGGCAUUUAGUUUUGUCAUUAGAGAAAUUGGGGAUAUAGUGAUUUUUUAUUUACUGCAAUGUAUUACCAAAUCCCUCAAAUUUAUUUAUUGUGUAAUAGCAUAAAAAUUCAAGUUAUUUCCAGUCAGCAGUGUUUGCAUUUCGACAAGUUAAAGGUGAUCAAAGUUAGCUAUUUUUAUCUUUGUAAAUAGCAAAUUUCUCGGAAUCUUUAAAGUUUUGAAGACUUAGCAAUGUGAUUUCCACUGCUGUAAGAGAGGUUAUUUGGUACCUGCAGAUCGUUUUAAAGAAAUUUUCCCUCAAUCUCGUUUGCAGGAUUUUAUCCUUAAUUAAUAUAAUAGUUUAUAAGUUUUGUCAAAUUUAUGCUUUUAUAUAGUUUAUAAUGGAAUAAAUGUCUUCUAUGGA